AUGCCAGUAUCGUUUAUGUUAAGUAUGUUCAGUUUAGCCAUGUUUUUUGGCUCAUAUCUAUCUGGUCUUAUUCCACUUGCAUUUAAUCUAUCCGAAACUAAAAUGCGUUAUGUCACCGUACUUGGUGCUGGUCUUUUAGUUGGUACAGCACUUGCUGUAAUCAUUCCUGAAGGUGUUCAUGCUUUAUAUAUGAGUGAAUUAGAAACUACUCAUGAUAAGAUACAAUUGGAUAAUAAAAUUCCUCCUCGACAUCUGAAUCAUAUUGAUCAUGAAGAUAAAUUAGAUAAAACUAAAGAUUUACCACAUGAUCAUAAACAUGAAGUUGAGCCAUCGAAGCAAUUAAAUACACAUAAACAUUCCGAUGCAACUCAUUCAGUAAUUGGUGUAACUUUAGUUCUUGGUUUUGUAUUUAUGUUAAUUGUUGAUAAUUGUAGUUCGAAACUUUUUCAUAAUCAUGGAAAUCAAGUUAUUGAUUCAUCUGGUUCAGUAAUUAUAUCAAAGCCAAAAGCAACAUGGACAGCUACAUUAGGUCUUGUUGUUCAUGCGGCAGCUGAUGGUAUUGCUUUAGGUAAAGAAAAAGAAACAAUAUAUAGAACGCCAAUGAAAUUUUCUUUUGGUGUUAUUUUUAUUAAAACGAUUGAUUCUGUAGGUGCGGCAUCAGCAACAAGUCGAUUUAAUGUUGAAUUAAUUGUAUUUAUGGCUAUAAUACUUCAUAAAGCUCCAGCUGCUUUUGGUCUUGUUUCAUUUUUAAUAUCUGAUGGUGUUGAUCGUAAACGUAUUCGACGUCAUUUAUUAAUAUUUUCAUUAGCUGCACCUUUAGUAGCAAUUAUUACUUUUGUUUUAUUAAAAAAUGGAAUUCGUGAUGCAUAUUCUGUUGAUUCAACUGGUAUAGCAAUGUUAUUUAGUGCGGGUACAUUUCUUUUCGUUGCUACUGUACAUGUUUUACCUGAAGUUCAAUCUCAUUAUGAUGAUAGACAGUUUCGUGCCAUAGAACUUCUUAUUCUCAUUAUUGGUUGUUGCUUUCCAAUCAUUCUUUCUAUGGGACAUAAACAUUGA